UAUUUGCACCAGUGCAUCAUGGAGAGAACCACUAUGGUGUUGGAUCGCCGGCCUCCUACCCUACCAGAAUGCAACGUUUCACCUUCCACCUUGGCCUUCGACCAGCGUUUCACAUCGACUGCUCAGGGGAUCUUGCUCAUUGCCGAAACAGUGUGUGGCAUAAUGGUGUGGAUUCUGCUGGCAGGCACUGAUUAUUUUAACCUCUCUGCCCUGUGCAUGGCCCUCUUUGUUUCCAUCACUUGCUGGGUCAUCACCCUGUGCCUCUUUAUAAUUUACCUCACCGGGACCCAAAACAGGAUGACCCAGGUCCCCUGGACUACAUUGUCAGUGUGUUUGAACAGCGGUGACACAGCUCUCUAUCUGCUGACAGCAGUGCUAGAAGUUUACUCACUGAAGACUACUGUCGCCGGACGUCACAACUACAACUGCUGGGCUGCGUCGGCUUGUUUCGCAUUCCUGACAGCAGUCACUUAUGGAGGCAGCAGCUACCUCAGCUACCGUGCCUGGAAAGCCACUAAAGAAGAGCGAUAGUAAUGGGUCUUAUUUUGUUGUUGUGUUUCCUUGUCAAGGAAUUUGUUCUCUUACUGUAAUAGGCCAUUGCUUUUUCCAGUCAAACCUGUACAACUACAGUAUGCCACAUAUGAGCUUAGACGCCAUCAACUAGCUUUUGAUGAGCAGGAAAACAAUGUACAAAACAAACGAUGAUACAAUACUUUCCGUUCAGUUCAUUUCAGUUUCAGUUUAUUUCGUACAUGAAUUCGAUACAAUAUAAUGCAUCACAUAUUUCUAGUCGUUUCAUUACAGUACGUCUGAAAAGGAAUAGGAAGAAGCUGAGCUUAUUUAAUCCUACCCUUUUUCAUACCGUAGCAAUUUUAUCCCAUUUCCUUGUUCUCUGUAACAGAACAGUGAAUACAUAAUACCAUAGUAAGUAAAGUUGUGGUUUGUGCUGCCCUUUGAGGCACUUGUGAUUCAGGGCUAUAUACAAACCCUGUUUCCAUAUGAGUUGGGAAAUUGUGUUAGAUGUAAAUAUAAACGGAAUACAAUGAUUCGCAAAUCAUUUUCAACCCAUAUUCAAUUGAAUAUGCUACAAAGACAACAUAUUUGAUGUUCAAACUGAUAAACAUUUUUUUUGUGUGCAAAUAAUCAUUAACUUUAGAAUUUGAUGCCAGCAACACGUGACAAAGAAAGUGGGAAAGGUGGCAAUAAAUACUGAUAAAGUUGAGGAAUGCUAUUCAAACACUUAUGUGGAACAUCCCACAGGUGUGCAGGCUAAUUGGGAACAUUCGGGUGCUAUGAUUGGGUGUAAAAGCAGCUUCUAUGAAACGCAAAGUAAUUCCCAAACAAGGAUGGGGUGAGGGUCACCACUAUGUAAGCAAAUUGUCGAAAAGUUUUAAAACAACAUUUCUCAACGAGUUAUUCCAAGGAAUUUGGGGAUUUUACCAUCUUCGGUCCGUGAAAUCAUCAAAAAGUUCAGAGAAUCUGGAGAAAUCACUGCACAUAAGCGAUGAUAUUACGGACUUUUGACCCCUCAGGCAGUACUGCAUCAAAAAACGACAUCAGUGUGUAAAGGAUAUCACCACAUGGGCUCAGGAACCCUUCAUAAAACCACUGUCAUUAACUACAGUUGGUCGCUACAUCUGUAAGUGCUUGUUAAAACUCUGCUAUGCAAAGCCAAAGCCAUUUAUCAACAAUAUCCUGAAACGCCGCCGGCUUGCUGGGUCCGAGCUCACCUAAGAUGGACUGAUGCAUAGUGGAAAGGUGUUCUGUGGUCUCACGAGUCCACAUUUCAAAUUAUAUUUGGAAACAGAGGACGUGGUGUCCUCCAGAACAAAGAGGAAAAUAACCAUCCGGAUUGUGUUUAUGCGCAAAAGUUCAAAAGCCAGAAUCUGUGAUGGUAUGGGGGUGUAUUAGUGCCCAAGGCAUGGGUAACUUACACAUCUGUGAAGGCACCAUUAAUGUUGAAUGGUUCAUACAGGUUUUGGAGCAACAUAUGUUGUCAUCCAAGCAACGUCCUCAUGGACGUCCCCGCUUAUUUCGGCAAGGCAAGUGUUACAACAGCGUGGCUUCGUAAAAAAAAGAGUGUGGGUACUUUCCUGGCCUACCUGCAGUCCAGACCUGUCUCCCAUGGAAAAUGUGUAGCGCAUUAUGAAGCGUAAAAUACGACAGCAGAGACCCAGGACUGUUGAACGACUGAAACUCAACAUAAAACAAAAAUGGGAAAGAAUUAUGCUUUCAAAGCUUCAGUUAUUAGUUUCCUCAAUUCCCAAACGUUUAUUGAGUGUUGUUAAAAGAAAAGGUGAUGUAACACAGUGGUGAACAUGUCCUUUCCCAACUAAUUUGGCACGUGUUGCAGCCAUGAAAUUCUAAAUUAAUUAUUAUUUGCAAAACAAAAAUAAAGUUUAUGAAUUUGAACAUCAAAUAUCUUGUAUUUGUAGUGUAUUCAACUGAAUAUGGGUUGAAAAGGAUUUGCAAAUCAUUGUAUUCCGUUUAUAUUUUACAUCUAACACAAUUUCCCAACUCAUAUGGAAAUGGGGUUUGUUACUAAACAUUGAUGAUUGAUUGAAACAAAUAAUAAAUGCAUACAGUAAAUAAUAUUUAUUUCCAAAAAAAAGAAAAGAAAAGGGUUCAAUAUCUUCAUCAUAAUUAUUGUUCUGUGUACUUUGUGAACACUUGUACUUUGAACAGUCUCUUAGACUGAAUCAUAUUGGUGCUUUAUUUGAUUUCUUUAGGUCAUCCAUUCCAUACUGUAAUUCCACAUACGGAUAUGCUAAAGGUCUUAAGUGUUGUACGAGCACACAAAUGUACAACUAAAAGUCUCUCCGAGAAUAAAGCUAAAUAUUCAGAAAAUAUGCAAAUAUCUCACCAUUUUUAGCUCUCUCAACAUGCUCAUCUAGGCCCAAAUCUCUGAUAGCCGGUGCUGUAAAUGCAGAAGUGCAGUGCCAGUGAGGAGGAAGAGCAAAACAUGAUAGAAAAUUAAUAAACGUGCUUAUGAUUGUGCAUGAAAAAGUUGAAAACAAGGGAAAGAAACAGCUGUGAGAGCUUGGUUGGCUGGUAAAAUGUAAUUCGAAAAAUGUAUACAGUAACAAUAUUAUACAUCACAUAUUUUACAUACUUUCUUUACAACAUGUCCAAAAAGAGUAGGAAAGCAGGGAUAAUCCAAUCCUCCCCUUUUCUAAUGGAUUCUGUGUUCUGCCUUAUUUAUGGGAACAAAACUUGAAUGACUCUCCACCUCGCUGUGGGCAAUGGCUACACGUUCGUUGUGCAUAUUGAUUUUAAAACUGUUCCACACUGUAGCAAUUAUUUGUUCUUAAUUACCAUCAAUGUGUUCUAAAUACAUCGGCUCUCAUCAUAAAUUGUUGAAUCAGUUACGAUUCGUUUAAUGAGAUGGAUGAUAUUUCAUUUUCAAUAAACUCAUGUCAUUUAUCAGAAUUCUUCUUCUUUGUACUUUGUAAACACUUGUAGUUUGAACCACCUCUUAAACUGGAUCAUAUUAGUAUUUUGUUUGAUUUCUUUACUUAUUCCA